AUGGCAUGGCGAAGCGGUUCUUCAAAAUAUGCAGUUGUUCAUAACAUUUCCGAAAUAUACAGACCCACUAUAAAUGGUUACAGGGAAAAAGUUCUAGAGGCCUUGAAAGAUAAAGCUGAUCGUGCUGCCAAAUCUGAACUAGCGAAAAAAAUUAAAGUAAUUAAAGGAUUUUAUACAUUGGAAAUGGCGCCACCGGUUUCUGAUAACGAAAUGAAGAAGUUGUUCAGUGACCUCGCCUUGGUAAAAGAGUUCAUUCAAACCGGGUGCUAUAAGUUCAUCACCGUGAAACAGGCUUGGCUGCUAUUCCUCGUGGGCACUGAAGUCGGCCUAUGGUUUUACCUUGGAGAGACCAUCGGGAAAAUGCAUAUCGUAGGCUACAAAGUUUAA